UCGCAUCAUUGCACCGCCUCUCAUUUAGUCAUCGACAACGAACCGCGACAGACGUGUCAAUAUGGGGAAAGAAGAAAUGAUAAAAGGCGUGCUCUAUGUUGUGAAUGUGUUGUAUGCAGUGUUCGGUUUUGUGACCGCGGCCACCGGGAUAUGGUUCUUCGUGCAGCUCUCAGAGUUCGUCGCUCUGAGGAACAGCAACCAUUACCUGUUGGAUUAUAGAGUGUACUGGCCGCAAGUGGCGCCAUGGCUGUUCAUACUCCUCGGCUUGUUUGUGAUGAUGGUGGCGUUCUGCGGCUACUGCGGCGCCAACCGCGAGAGCAGGGGCCUCCUCGGAAUGUACGGACUCUUCUUAAUCCUCAUCGUCAUCGGACAAGCGAUAUCUGCUACUCUGAUAUUCGUAUACGUUGAUGGUGAACACACGGACCGCUUCAUUAAGGAUACAGUGUACGACGGAUAUUACAAUUCCCAAUCGAACCCUGAUGUAUUCAAAUCAUUCGGAAGGAUUGAAAGGAAACUGAAAUGCUGCGGUGCGAACGACGCUCGUGAUUACAGAAGUUGGAGGAACGAUUUACCACUCACCUGUUGCCAGGACAGUUACUACAGAGCUACAUGUGACUUUACGGACAAAGAAGCUAACGAGAGACUCGGUUGUGCGAAGGUGGCUGCAGUGUACACCAAGAUUAUAAGCUCGUCCAUCGCCGGUGCGUCUCUCCUCAUAUCGUUAGUGGAAAUAGCUGGUGUGAUUCUUGCGUGGAAACUGUUCCAUUCGCUAAGAGAAGUGGAACAUUACCUCCCUGAAAGGAAAGAAGGUGAAACGGAGUGCUAGUUCCGGACCGUGCUUGUACAAACUGCCAUUAUGAACGAGCUUGUGUUAAGCUGUGUAUACACGAAGAUCCGAGGGGCCGUGCGGUUGGCAGCUUUAAUGGAUCGUUACGCUGCGCUCACCUUGCAUCUUAGUAUAUACUCAGAUUAACUUAACCUUGACACCGUUCGACCGAAUUCAUUUUAUAUAAUAGAUCACCACCGAUUCUGUUAGGACGAUUCGAGCCGACACUGCCUGAAACUUUUUCUCCUGGAAAUCGGCUCUAUCAAGGUUUCUCUUUAGGGUGUAAAGUUCGUUUCCUUUGUCAAGGAAAUAUCGAAAUCUUUAUCCCCACCUAGUUUAAGACCGCGCGUUACCAUUUUUAAAGUAUUAUUAUGUUAUUCGUAAGCUAUUCGUAAGGUUAUCGUAAUCGACUCCAUAAUUGGCAUUCCAUUUAGAUAGAAGUUGUUAUUUAAUCUUUCUUUACUGUAUUAGGGUCAAUUUCGUGGGGGGGUCAUAACUGCGCCUGAACAUUCGAGUGGGCUUAAUCAACUCCUUCCUCGUUAAACGUGAUUCAUUAUACCUGACUCAGCUUCAAUUAUACCCGAGACAUGUGACACUUUACGAUGUUUUCCAUUCAUCGCUCGCUGGGAGGUUACGCAACGACUCUUUAUGUGGUAUUUUAUCCAUGGACGACUACUUAAAGUUGUUUAUCGAGGUCGAGCAUGAGAAAAUUGUGACCUCAAACGCUCGGUUAUCGAAUAGGCUAGAAUUGAGCUCUAUUGCUUAUUCAAUAAACAUCUUUGUUGGUAUUACCUACUUAAAAUUUACGCAACGUGUGUUGGAAGGCUUUCACAACCUGCGUUUGGAAUAAAUUUGGAUAUGCCCUAAAUUCUGUGUUCGCGACUUGUCCGUCUGUAAGUCCGUCCUUUCGCCAUAUUUUAUAUAUCUCGUAGCAUUUGCCAAAGAAUAUGUUAAAAAUCAUAUUCAUAUAUUUUGCAUGCAAUUUUAUAGUUUUAUGAUCACAUCACUGAGCUCUAAGUUAUUUUUUUACGAUGAUAAUAUAAAUCGACACUAGUCUUAAGUUUUGUUAAGUAAAGAAAAUUUUUAAAUAUAUAUUUUAUAAAUA